UAAAGUUAGUGUCUGCUGAACGCUUGGAAAGAAGAGAAGGUCUGUAUGGUGAGCGGGGCGUCGGGUCCCUAGCUGAAAAAGGUUUAACAUCCGGAUGGUGUGUGAACUACUACCUACCCUGUGAUAACAUUUCUUUACGUUACAUCUUGCACAUAUCUGUCUUCUUCCGUAUCUCAAUUAUCCAAAGAAAACCAACCCAACUCUGUAGUCAUCGGUAACCGUGCCACAAAAGUUGGACGACGCCAUAUUUGAUAAACCUCGGCUAGUCAAGCGAGCAGCAGCUGCUACUCUGCGUGCGUGUUUCAGUGGAUCGAGUCAACCUGGAGUUAGAAUUGUGAUUCGAACAUUCUCAAAAAUCGAACAGCGAUGGAGAUCGAGAGUGCGUCGACGUUUCUGGCUAACCUGCUGAGGUUAGAGAACCGCCACGUCAAGAUUGCCCGUGUCGAAAAGUUCCGCAAAACCCUCGAGGACUUGCUGAGGCACCAUUACCAACACCACUGGUUCCCCGAGAAGCCGUGCAAGGGCUCUGGGUACCGUUGCCUGAGGAUUAACCACAAAAUGGAUCCCCUGAUAGCGAAAGCUGGCGAUGUGUGUGGAUUUAACGAGGCAGAUCUCCGUAAGCUUCUACCGAACGAGCUUACGAUGUGGAUAGACCCCCAGGAGGUGUCUUACCGCAUCGGCGAGAACGGCAGCAUUUGCGUCCUCUACGACGGCGCCAAGAAUCAGUUCUCCCCCGAUGUGAGUAGGUACCACCAGUACCACCAACCCGCCCAGUACCCCGACCACAGGUACAUGGGCUGCAAAGAGAGCGCCCGUGAUAACCACCAUUGGGAUAAUUUUGUGUCCGAUUCCAGGAAUAGAGGUAUGGAGCAGUUCGCCACGUAUGUUUCCAGCUAGAAGGAUUUCCGCUAAGGGCUUUUUUCCGGGAAUUCCAUUUUUACGCCAGGAAACUUUGAUGUCCAAUUCUCCAGCCAAAAUAUCGUGCGUCUCACAGACGCUGUUAGCAUUGUGAUCUUUUUUUUUUCUUUUGGAAUAUUUAAAAAAAGGUAAUCGUUAUCAUGUAUUAUAUAUGCCUUUUUUUAAAACAAAAUUUAGUACGGAAGCAAUCAUUGUAAGUAGAAUCAUUUUAUGUAUUGCAAUGAUAUUUUUCUCGUGGGGAAUUUUUUUACGGGUCCAUCGGCAAUGAAAUUCCAACUACCGUUGGCUUUCCGUGUAUUAAGUUGCCCAGCAUCAUGACCGCCAACCUGAUGUCAACCUGGAUUGAACUUUUUUUUUUCCUCCGUCCGAGUUUUUUUUUUUUAACUUGGACUUUUAUCCGAAACUACAGUAGUGAGAAUGGCGUGAAACGAACAUUAUAUGCCACUGUGAUCACAAAAUGCCCACCUAUUUCAAGCUCUUUUGUACAUGUAUUGAGCUUAGAAAGUUAUGACAGGCCAUUUUAACCAUUUUCCUAUACUUGUGUUCUGCCUUGUUCUACUUCACUACUUUCUCAUCUUCUAUCAUUUUUCCAAAAUCCUCUCUAACACUUACUGCCUCAAAAUUUCCUAUUGUUCUAAAUUAUGUGACUUGAGCUAUGUGUUCUGUUGAUUAUUGUUAGCAUGUUAAAAAAAAAAAAAACUUAAGUUUACUGGUUAAGCUUUUAAUAGUUAAAUUUUAAAUAACACUUUUAAUUUUCUGAGAGAUUUUGUAUGAAAACUGCUUAUAUGUAUAGAUUUUUUAUAAUAAUCUUAAUGGCACAGCAAAUGCUUUCCUAAACCUGCAUUCGCCUAAUAUACAAACCUAGGUUUGUAUAUCCUCUCAUUCUUAAAUGACAAUCGUUGUGCCACUUACUAUAUCCCUUAGAGUAAAAAAAAAAAGACAAAGUCCUAUUUUUAAAGGCAUUGUAAAAUAUUUAAUUGUUGAGUAUUUACAGUACAAUUUUAAAUAUAUAUAUGUAUAUGUGUGUAUAAAAAAAAUCUAAGGGAUAGCAUUUCUAUGAUGUCAUUUGUUAAUGAGAAAUUUACAAAGCUGUGGUUACAGUGAAUGCUUCGUCAAAAUGAAUUUUGGUUCAUCUUCAUUUCUUUUGUGAUCUGCUGUUUUAUUUCUGUGAAUAUGAACCAAAAUUCCAAUUUAAAAAAAUUGCUAUAAUAGUAAAAAAAAAAAAAAAAAAAAUGCAUUUUUCCCAUUUUGUUAAUUAGUCACAAUUUCUGUUUCUCUAUCAUUUGCCAUUAACAACUACUGUAGGGUUCUUUUUUUCUUUCUGGGUUUCCAUUAAGCUGGCUGUCAUCUGUACAAGUCAUCCUGUACAAAUAUUUGUAAAAAGUUAUUUUAUGUCUGUACAGUGAUGUUAUAUAGAGAUUUUGUACAGUGACUUAAUAAAAAGUACAUGCAGCAUUA